AUGAGCAGCAACGCUCCAGCAGGGGAGGCGGUCCGGCCGAGACUGGACACCAACACCAACUGGGCCCUGCCGCGGGACCAGCACCCCGACGACCCGGAGUCCGAGGAGCUCUCGCCGCUAUCUCCUGGACGGGAGCCGGCAGAGUACACUUGGGGAGAACAAAAGGAGGGCCAUGGACCCGGCGAGGGGGACGCUCGACCGGCAGCAGCCAUCAACAUCAACAUACCGUCUCCUCUCAUGUCAAGGACACGUGAGAGUAUGGGCAGCAUGUCGUCCGAUAUGAUGGAGGAGUUGAGAAAGAUUAUUAAGGAAGAGGUUCAAGCAGCCCAAGUGGUUCAUCUCAAGAACAGCGAGACUGGAACCCCUAUCGAUGCAUUCCGGUUCCCGCCCCUAUCCAACCAGAACUCCGUCUUCACACCGGCGUAUCCCAGCCCGCCUCCAUCAGUGGUUGACACGAUCAAUUCCAAAAUCUCGUCUCCAAGAGAGCGAAGCCCGGAAGUCACCGGUGCGAAGGUGAACGCGGCCCCUCAUCUCGCACCUCCCCCGGCCUACGUGCCACCGUCGGUGUCUGAGCCCGAGGCCACAUCGCCCAUUAGUCCUCAGCAGAGGGCUGUUCGCUUCAGAAACCGUGGGCCGCCGGUGAUUCACUGCCAGACUCGCAUCGAGCCGGAGGUUGUGUCCCCGACUGCCCCUAUUCCGGGUCGGGUUGAGUUGAGUAGUGUCGACAAAGCUUGGGGUGUCUUGUUUGAUCUGGAGGGUUAUGGCACUCAACGGCUGAACUCUGUGCUCAGGGGUUUGGCGAACUACAUGAUUGCGGAGUUCAGCCCUCCCGAGACUCUUGUCGUUACCCCUGAGAAGAUGCUGUGCCUGUACACAAAGUACAAGGUAGAACCCGAGAGAUUCCAAUACGAAGACAUCUUCCGCUCCCGCUCAAAAGAUGCCCUCGAGAGAAUCGAAUACCUCUACCAAGACUUGGACUGCCAAUAUCACCUCGUCCAAAGCACAGCAAAUCCUAAAUUCAAGCCUAACGUACCUGCCCUUACACCCACCGGCUUCGCAAAGUGGAUGGUCAGCAACAUCCUCGCCUAUCCCGACCCCGAAGCUCGCCGCCUCCACAACAUCAUGUCCUCCCUCCCCAUCAACGCAGACGGACCCCUGGUAGACGGCAAAGCUGAGAGGCUUCCGAAGCAAUUAUCCAGACACCUUUUUCCCGAGCAUCACGACAAAAAGACCCGCUCGAUCCUCGACGAGGCCGUGCUGGACUGCCUGGAAGACGCCGCGCCUCCUCUCCCGUCCAUCCCCCGCUCGAGGCCGAGCCCCUCCGAAAACAGGCCCGCAGAGGCAAACAUCCACUCCCGGCGCUCGUUCGACGACAGAAAACGUCCCAACCUGAUGGCGCAGCAGCACUCGAGGACGUACGACAGGGGCACAAACCCCCAGCCCGCACGGCUCCCCCGGGCCAACUCGGACGCGGGCGCUUCCGUGCCCAGACACCGAGACCUGUCCCCGCCGCCGAUGGGACGACACUCUGGCGGUGGCUCCUCCCAGCGCCGUCGCAGCCCGCCGCCCGUCAACCGGUACAGCGCAUCGCUCCCCGCGAUCUCACAGGUGCCGUCGUCGUCGUCCUCGCACUUUUCCUCUUCGCUCUCCUCAGAUGUCAGGGGCGGCGAGGGGAACUAUGGCGUUUACUCUGGCAGAGAUAAGGGCGAUGAUAGGGAUGAAUCGCCGAGAUCGCCUGGACUCGGGAGAAGGAGCGUCGGAGCGGACCGGGGACCGACGUGGGAGGACAUGUAUAGUCGCUCGGGGCGGGGAUCACUUGAUGCAGGCUCCUCGCGUUCGUUCCGUUGA